AGAUGAUCUUGGCCUAACAUCGAGUAAUCAUAAUUUGAAAUUUCUGAAUGAAUGGGGUGCCCGCAAUCUAACGGUCGCUAUCGAUUCCGUUGAACAGGGUUUCUUGUUUCAUUUUCUCGUUUUCACUUCCAGAGCAUUUGCUAGCAAGGGUCUCCAUUCUCGCAACUCCAGCUCUUCUUCUUUUACAUUCUCCGCUUCAAGCAUUUGCUAGCAAGGGUCUCCAUUGUCAAGCAACUCCAGCUCUUCUUCUUUUACAUUCUCCGCUUCACUGAAAUGGAUGUUCCUUCAAAUCAUGGUGCGUGUGCAGGGCAAAGUUCCAUGGCAUUCGGGAUGGAUUUUUUCUACUAUAUCCCCGAAAAUGAGGCAGCUAUUGAGUAUGAUGAAGACUGCAUCUAUCUUUUCUCUGAGAGAUAUAAUUUGCAAGAAUCCCGGAGAUGCGUAGAGAAGGCCCUUAAUCAUUACCGGGAUGAGCUCAAAAGACAUGUGCAAGGGAAUGCGAAAGUUAAUCAUGUACUGACAGCAGUGGCUCUAAGGUCACAGAAGAAGUGGGUCAAUUGUGAAAAGUUGUUCAUUGGGCAUGUUCCGGGAGUAACAAUUGGAGAUGAGUUUCAGCAUAGAGCUGAAAUUGCUCUUGUAGGCCUACAUCACCCUUUUGUGGAAGGCAUUAAUUACGUUAAUAUCCACGGCAAGAACUAUGCAAUUAGCAUAGUUGAUGCCAGCCGUUAUGUUAACCGCAGGAUAUCACUGGACAGUUUCGUAUAUGUCGGACAAGGCAGAAAUCCGAGUGUUAAUCGUAAUAAUCCCAAGGAUCAAAGAUUGAUUAACGGCUAUCUUUCGCUUAAAAAUAGCAUGGAAUACGGUGUACCCGUAAGGGUUAUCCGUGGCAAAGAUAUGUAUGUAUAUGACGGCCUGUUUCAUGUCAAAAGAUGCUGGGUAGAGAGAGAAAGUUAUGGCAAAAUGACUUUCAACUUUGAGCUCCACAGGAUUGCAGCCCAUCCACCACCCACCGGCAACAAAGUCACCAACAACAAAAUAAUCUCUAGGUCCAAAAAGUCACCGAGCGAGUUGAGUUUAAGAGGGUCAAAGACCUUUCUGGAGGCAGGGACAAUUUUCCCAUCCCUGUGUUUGCUAAUAUGGGUGCCCAAAUGCCCGCGAGUUUCACUUACAUAACUCGCAUUAUAUAUCCAGACUGGUAUCAUCCGUCAGCCCCACCUGGCUGCAUGUGCGAAAGCAGUUGCUCUGAUUCCAUUGGCUGCUAUUGUGCAUUAAAAAACGGAGGUAGUAUCCCGUUCAACAGCCAAGGAUCAAUUAGCAGUAUACACACAAAACCCAUCAUCUACGAGUGUGGUCCAUCCUGCAAAUGCCCACAGUCGUGCAGAAACAGAGUUAGCCAAAGAGGCCCCCGUUAUCAGCUGCAGGUCUUCAGGAAAGGACCAGAUGGUGAGGGGUGGGGGGUAAGGUCACGAAAUUUCAUUGCAGCCGGGAGCUUCAUCUGUGAGCUUGUUGGAGAAUUGGUUCAAGAUGACUCUGAUGAAAAAGGACAUUGUUACAGAAUUGAUGGAAGUGGUUUCAGAAUCGACACGGAGCGUUACGGAAACGUGGGGAGAUUUAUCAAAUGUGGCCUGCCAACGAACAUUUUUGCACAGAAUGUUGUGUACGAUGAUGAUUACAAGAUUGUCCCUCAUGUAAUGUUCUUCUCUUCUGUGAACAUUCCACCAGGCCGUGAACUUAUACGCCCAGUUCAAAGUCUGCAUGGAGUGAUACAGAGUCCUGCACAGCUUUAGCGCUAACCAAUCAGUAUUAUAGUGAUACUCUUCUCUAUGUUAUGCAUAUUGUUCAUACAAGCUCUCGCUAUUUUCUAUUCAUUCUUGUGGAAUAGCCUGACCGUAUCAUAUACAGAGUCCUGACGGGAAUGCUAUUUUAACACUACCUUUGACACCAACUUUAUUUUUUCUUCGCUGCACAGGAACAUAUGAUCUUGGGGUCAAAUUGGUCAAUUGUGGUGUUUGUGUAGUAUUAUCCUUGUGAGUUUGUAGAUUCUUCUUUUGACCUCUUGUGCAGUCAAUCUAGCUCCUUUUGUCUUUCUUUCUUCUUUGCUCCUGUGUUUUGAAAUUACAAAAUGUCUUGCCAGCAGUUAGUUGGUUUGAUGAAUGAUGAGAGUGAUUUUAGAUCAUUAUAUGGGUAAUGCUUCUUACUUCUUG